AGCAGCCAUGGAUAAUGUAGGUGCAGUUAGCCAGUUAUUAUUCCAAAAUAAACAAAGACAGGGUGAUCACUGAAGGGGAAGGUUAUGGGUUAUCUGGUUCCAUGUGUCACAUCGUUUAUCUUGCUUAUUGCACUGCUAUGUACCAAAUAUGUUCAUGUGAGUAGAAAGAAACAGAGCAUGCAGGGAUAUAAGACACUCAGAUAUACAAUUUGAAUGCAAUGGUCAGUCACAGCCUAGUAUUUCGGAGCCACAUAAAGAAGCGUUUGUAACGUGUGUGCGUGAAUGGGCUAAGAAAAAAUAGAAACCUGUGUAAUUAGGGCUUUGUUUUGUCGUGACAGUGAAGGGUUAACAUUCUUCAUGCCCACCCCACAUGAUAAACAGUGGUGGAGCCCAACAGCCGAGGGCCAGUGAUGACCAUCACACUAAUAACCUCGCUGAACACUCUCACAACACACACACUCACACGCAGGAGAUCACAUCUCUACAAUGACAGAGAAGUCUCUCUUUAACAGAUCUUCAAGUGGAAGUCUCAUCUUCAGUCAAGGUUAAGAAUCUGAGAUAUGGAAGAAUAUCAUCUUUGAUGGAUGAAUCUCUGGUGGACACAACAGCUUCGGAAUAGCAACAGCUUUAACACAAUAAAGCAGUAAUGGCUACAGACUUCUGUUCUCUGUGCCUCGAUGAGACCACCAUGUCCUGAAAAGUAAGAGGAGCUCUCUGGUGAGCAGAAGUUUUGGAAAAGGUCAAAGGUCUUGGGUUAAACAUGUUGUCAGUGGAGGUCGCCGUGGUUUUUGUGCUGUGCAGUGUGCUGAUGGAAGCCAGAGCUCUGAUUGAUUCUGAUGACGUCCUCACCAGAGAUGAACAGAUCUUUCUUCUGAUUGGUGCACGUGCGAGGUGUGAGAGAAACAUCCGUGCACAGUUAGAUGUGGUCAGAGAGAAUUACUGUGUUCCUGAGUGGGAUGGGAUCAUUUGCUGGCCUGCAGGAAAACCCAGUCAGAUGGUUGCAGUUCUGUGUCCUGAGUACAUCUAUGACUUCAACCACAGAGGACAUGCAUAUCGCCACUGUGAUGCAUCUGGUAACUGGGAGCAGGUGUCCACUAUAAACCGGACAUGGGCCAACUACACAGAAUGCACCACUUACCUGCACACUAAUCACAGCGAUCAGGAGGAGGUCUUUGAGCGUCUUUACCUCAUGUAUACUGUUGGAUACUCCAUAUCACUGGCGGCGUUACUGGUGGCGGUCUUUAUCCUUUGCUAUUUCAAACGUCUCCAUUGCACCCGUAACUACAUCCACAUCCACCUCUUCACCUCAUUCAUAUGCAGAGCAAUCAGUAUAUUUGUGAAAGAUGCCGUUCUUCACACCGUCACAGAUGACGGCAAACUAGAGGAUGAGGCAGUUGGACAAAGACCCUAUAUGGUAGGCUGCAAGGUUGCGGUGACCCUCUUCUUGUACCUCUUGGCAACCAAUCAUUAUUGGAUUCUGGUGGAGGGUCUGUACUUGCAUAGUCUGAUCUUCAUGGCCUUCCUGUCUGAUAAGAACUGCCUGUGGGCUUUGACAAUCAUAGGCUGGGGGAUACCUGCAGUGUUUGUAUCCAUAUGGGUCAGUGCCCGGGCGUCUCUGGCAGACACACAGUGCUGGGAUAUAAGUGCAGGCAACCUGAAAUGGAUCUAUCAAGUACCAAUUCUGGCAGCCAUUGUUGUAAACUUCUUCCUCUUCCUCAAUAUCAUCAGGGUUUUGGCCUCUAAGUUGUGGGAAACAAACACAGGAAAACUGGACCCUAGACAACAGUACAGGAAGCUGCUGAAGUCAACCCUGGUGCUGAUGCCGCUGUUUGGAGUUCAUUACAUGCUGUUUAUGGCUCUUCCGUACACUGAAGUCACAGGUCUGCUGUGGCAGAUUCAGAUGCAUUAUGAGAUGCUCUUCAACUCCUCACAAGGUUUCUUUGUGGCAUUUAUUUACUGCUUCUGCAAUGGGGAGGUGCAGGCAGAGGUUAAGAAGGCAUGGCUGAGGCGCAGUCUUGCAUUAGACCUGAAGCAGAAGGCUCGUGUCAACAGCAGUGCAGGAUGUGGGAGUGGCUACUAUGGAGGCAUGAUGUCACACACCACCACACACAGCGUGUGUCUCAGUGUCAGUGGUACUAAAGGCCUGCCUCUGGGGACCAUCGGGGGCAAAGGACAAUCACGUCUCCACCAUUCAGGAAACUUACCUGGCUACGCGCCUCACGAUACAGAGACUGUGUUUUAUACAGUGCAGCAGCAUGAGCUGGUUCUGAGGCAGACUGAUGGGAAAGGGUCUCUGUCCAAGCAGACUAGCAGGAAUGCAGAAGAAAGUGAGCAUGAUUUUGAGCCAUGUUUUGUAGCAGAUGAGGAACAUUCUGGUUCCAUGUCUUGGAAAGAACUGGAAACAAUGCUUUGAUGGUCUCUUGGCUGGAUAUUAGUGGUGCUUACUGUUGUUAGAAACUCUUAAGUAUUCAAUAGGCUAGUAUUGAGUCAGAAUGAAACAGAAGUUGCGGUAGUCUUUUCUUAUUGUGACGUAUUGUGAUGUCAUGUGAGUGACAGGUCGCCCCGCCCUCGCACCAGUAAACACGUCAUCAGGGAAUGAUGCUGCAAGAGAGAGGGGAACUUAUUUUGAUUAAAGAUUAAGAGGGCACAUGAAUUAAAAAAAACAAUGACAAGCACAGAUAAAUCAUUUAUUUAAAAAAGCAUAUGGCAAUAUUCCAUAAAAAUAAAAAAAAUGUUUUUGUAAAAUGUUUUGAUAUCGUGAGUUUAAAUACUAGCUAUAAGCCCAGUCAAUUUCAAUCAGUAUUUUCAACUAGUCUCUUGUUUUCUUAAAAAAAAAAAAAGAAGCAAAAUUUGAGGUUACAUACUGUAUGAGGCACUUGUGAAAGUGAAUGGAGCCAAUCUGUAUUAAAAUGUACACAGGCUACGUUUACAUGCACCCAAAUAAUCCAUUUGUAAUCAGGAUUAAAAACGUUCAUGUAAACACCUUAAUCGAUCCAAUUGAGCUCGAUCCGAAUGAAUGGAAGGGGUGAUUUAUUCCUUUUCUAAUGCGAUCCAAUAGCAAAAAAUUACCAUGUGAACGCCUUUCUCAAUCGCAUUCAGAAGUCUCUGGGGCACAUGCGCAGUGCGAUGUUGACACACAUUACGUAGUGCACAAGUUCACGUUUACAAUAAAACCAUUGCUGAUUUAUGAAUGUGUAUGCCAAAAGGGCAAAAAUAAAGAUGAGCUCUGUUGGUGUCACGUCCAUGGUUGUCUCCGCAAGUGUGAUUGUUAUGAUGUCACACGCAG